UACAACAUCACUGUUGCAGUCUGUCCCCAUUCUCUUCGUCCUCCUCUCCUCUUCUCCUUCAUUCUCCUUCAUUCUCCUUCAUUCUCCUCGUCUCGCCAUUGUUAUCCGUAAAAUGGAAGGACAAAAUGGCUGCAAUAACUCUGUACGAAUGCUCUCUCUCGACUUUGGUGCGAAUGUCAACAUUGUUUCCCAAGUACCUAGAGAUUUUACAAACCAUCACCAUGUUUUGCCUGCUGAUAGGAAUGUAAACCAAACCAACAUCCCCCACUUAACUGAGUGGACCCAAGCUGCAAAAACGUCUCCGGCCUUUGUUGAGUUUAUUGCUGAAACUUCAAGCUUUUCUCGAAAGACAUCAACCAAAGAUGUGAUAGCAGUUGUUCCCAGUACUGUUCAAACUAUAAAUGGAGUCUCAGAGCUUCGUGGCAAAAUUUCAUACAAUCAUCUCGCAGGUUCAUACAAUUCAAAAUCUACUGAUUCACGGAAUAAUGCACGGGGCAUUCUAUCCAAAUCACGUCCCAGUUCAUCAAGCAAGAGAGGUUAUUCAGCUGAUCGUCAACGCAAGAUGAGGAUAGCUGAAAGACUUGAAGCAUUGCUAGAACUGCUACCUCCUUCUAAGGAAAAUCAAGCAUCGGCUCUGGAUGAUGCCAUUGACCAUAUCAAGUACUUACAGCUUCAAAUAAAGGACUUAAGUCAGAGCAAACUAGGAGGAGAAUUAUCUUCUGAGCCUUUCAUAUUUGUUGAGGGAUAUGGUCAUUACAUGAACCAUCAAGAGAUGCAGAGUGAGCCACUUGAGGAGAUGGUGGGAAAAUUGAUGGAGGUUGAUCCAUUAGCUGCAGCUCAACUGCUGGAGAAUAAGGGUCUAUUUGUGAUGCCCAUGGAUUUUGGUGAAGGAUUGUGCUGAACCAUAUGAUCACCUAUAUGCAGCUGUUCUUUCUAGGUUAGUACUUUGUGUUUAUUAAGUUUCUUCGACUUGUUCAUCACCUGAAAGAAAACGUUCCUGAGUAACAUUGAGAAAAGAAUAGUUUUGUUUGUCCAUAGCAUAUAGUUAGAAGUUGAAAAACCUAUACAAGGGAGUUAAGGGAAGAAUAUCACAUCUGUAGAGUGAUCAAACUUACAUCACUUGUCAUAUGUCUGAAUCUUAGCUUGUAUAAGAUGUUAAGAAGGUAGAGUCUGAAUCCAAAGGCCUACAACAUAUUAUCAACCACCCA